AUGGAGAAGUCCCAGAUCAUCUUCUACGAGGACAGAAACUUCCAGGGCCGCUGCUACGAGUGCAGCAAUGACUCCAGCGACCUGCACUCCUACUUCAGCCACUGUAACUCCAUCCGUGUAGAGAAUGGAUUUUGGGUGCUCUAUGAGAGACCCAACUACCAGGGUUAUCAGUAUGUGCUGAGCCUGGGAGAGUACCCCGACUACCAGCACUGGCUGGGCUUCAGCGACUCCAUAAAGUCCUGCCGCAUUAUUCGCAAUGUGGGGACCUCCUGGAGGCUGAAGAUUUGGGAGAAGCCCAGUUUUGAAGGACACUCCAUGGAGGUGGCCGACAACAUGCCCGCCCUCCACGAGCGCUGGCACAGCCGGGAGGUGCACUCCUGCAAGGUGUUCGAGGGCGCCUGCGUCUUCUACGAGCACCCCAACUACAGGGGGCGCCAGUACCUGCUGGAGAGGGGCGAGUACAGGAAGUUCACUGAGUGGGGCGGGCUGCAGGCCAACAUUGGCUCCAUCCGCCUGGUCAAGGAGAUCUAG